AGCUGCUUUAUAUGUAUGUUUUCUACACACCAAAGGUUGUAUAGAAUGAUGUUUGUGCUUGCUAAUGUCUUGCUUUCUCUCUUGUGCUGCGAAUUUGCCUUUGGUGUUGAUCCCACAGUUGGUUUUGAGAAGCAACAGGUCUCUUGGAAAAUCCAAAAGCCAUAUGAUCUCCAAGUUUCCGAUCGCUACAACUUCAGCGAUGGCGUGCAUAAGCUGUGGGUGUAUACUAGUGACAAGCCCCAGAACCCGCAUAGUCCUACAAAGCCAAGGACGGAGCUUAGAUUUCGACAACCACAAUACUCACAAGGAAUCUGGCAAUUCGAGGGAGACUUUUACGUUCCUUCGGGCACCACCGGAGUGUGUAUAAUGCAAAUCCAUGGCGGAAGGAACAGUGCCACCGCGCUCCAAAUUCGAGUUGAUGGGCCUGGUGAUUUGAUUCGCACUGGAGCGGACUUGGAGCACGCGACAUUCGCAACGCACAUCUAUGACAAAUGGAUCCAUCUCAAUGUCAUUCACGAUGUAGACCAUGAGAUGCUUAGCAUUUAUCUGGAUGGAGAGCUCAAGCAUUGGGAGGUAAACGAAACAUACGAGGAGCAUUAUUUCAAGUGUGGAGUGUACACCCAGAACAAUGCUAGUGAAUAUAUGGAAUCCAGGUGGAAGAACAUCAACAUAUGGAAGCUUUAGU